AUGCUUUUUAGACUAAUUCACAGCUCUUCCCGAAUUACUUUAAGAAAUACCUUCAGAAACUUAAAAACAACAUCCGUCAGACUAGGAGGCCAUCACGAUCACGGACCAACACCCGUUUACAUUCCUCAGCCUGCAGGAAAACCACAAGGGCUUUUCGGCAAUAAGGUCGAACCAAUCAGCCCUCCAACCCCAUACAGUCCAGGUCCAGAAGAUUAUGCAUCAUUCGUUGGUGCUGGAGUUGGAGUCUUGCUAACUGCUUUGGCUAUUAUCACUUACACAGACGUCUUCAGCAAGGAUGACAAACAUGCUCAUCAGCAUAAGAAGCCAACCCCAGCAAAAAAGACUGAAGAAAAGGUAGAAACUGAAGCACCUGCCGCUCCUGCUCCAGUGGAGGAAGUAGUCGAAGAAGUUAAGGAAGAGCAAGUCGUUGCAGAACCAGCAGCUGUAGAAGCUGUCGAAGCCGUAGAAGAAGUGAAGGAAGAAGCUUCUGAGGUCAAAGUUGAAGAGACUGUAGAGAAAACCGAAUCAGCUCCUGUAGAAGAAGUUGCAGCCGAACCAAAAGAGGCUAAUGUCGCUGAAGCAGACAAGGAGGAAAACGCCAAGAUACCCCAUUAUUGUGAAUAUCUGCUUAUCGGUUCUGGAGCCGCGGCUUAUUAUGCUGCGAUAGCUAUUCGGGCUAGGGAUGCUAAUGCUAAGGUUUUAAUGGUCGGGGAAGAAUCUAAGUUGCCAUAUCAAAAACCUCCUCUCUCGAAAGAAUUGUGGUGGUAUGGAGAUGAAAACUCCAAAGACUCGCUCCAAUAUAGAGCUUUAACAGGGAAAAGAAGAGAUGUAUAUUUUGAAGCUCCCGGAUUUUUCGUCCCACCCGCAGAGCUUGAUGAAGCUGUUCAUGGUGGAGUUUCCCUUCUAGCCGGGCAUCGAGUAGUUAAAAUAAGCCCAGAAGAAAAAAAAGCUUACUUGGAUAAUGGAUCAGUUAUCACUUUUAAUAAAUGUCUCCUUGCCACAGGUUCUCAACCAAAGAAACUGAAAGAACUGGAAAAAGAUGAAUCCGUAAAGAGCAAAGUUUUGUAUUUCCGAAAUGUUGAUGAUUAUCGCACUUUGGAAGAAAAAUGCCUGAAGGCUAAAUCCGUUACUGUAGUAGGAGGAGGUUUCUUAGGAUCCGAAUUAGCUUAUAGUCUGAAGAGGAAAUACAACAGCUUAGAAGUGAAUCAGAUUAUAUCGGAAAAAGGAAGCCUUGCCAAAAUACUACCUGUGCAUUUGUGCAAGCUUGCCACCGAAUCCGUUCGUAACUUUGGUAUCAAUGUCUUAACAGAGACUAAGAUCGUAGGAGCGAAAACUGAAAAUGAUAAAGUCAAGCUACAGCUAUCAACAGAUGCACCUCCGGUGGAGAGCGAUUUAGUUAUUGUGGCGAUUGGUGCCGAUCCAGAUGUUGCACUCGCCGGCCCUGCUGGAUUGGAGACUGAUGCCGAGAAUGGUGGUAUACUGGCAGAUGCAGAACUCAGAGUCAAAUCGGGAAUAUAUUGUGCCGGGGACAAUUGUUCGUUCUAUGAUAAAAUAUUAGGAAGAAGACGUGUCGAACAUUGGGAGCACGCUCAAAUUUCUGGAAGAUUGGCUGGAGAAAAUAUGACUGGCGGAGAGAAGGCUUUCUGGUAUCAACCAUCUUUCUUCACUAAAUUCUCACCUAAACACCAUAUUAGCGCUGUAGGAAAUACUAACUCAUCAUUACCCACUACAUCCGUCUUCGCGAAAGAUGAGACCGAUACUGAAAAAUACGAAAGGGGAGUAGUGUUUUACCGAGGAGAUAAAAACCAGGUUGUCGGUGUUCUUCUCCUUAAUGUCUUUGGCCCAUCGAUUGAUGUAGCAAGAAGAUUAAUUGAGGACGGUAGACCCAUAGAUGACUUCCGACAGUUGGCAAAACUAUUUCCACUUUAUGAAAUUCCAAAGGAUGAUGAGCAACAUGCUUAG